GCAACCGAAGACUAGAAGAAGGUCGUCCACGGAAGAAAUGGGAAAAUUCAUGGAGAAACGUGUUGUCAACUCAAUGUUGCUCCUAGUGAUGAUGCUCAACGUGACUUGUGUUUGUGGAAAACCGUUACCAAAGACAAGCUGCGUAUACAAGGGCUACGUAGCAAUUUUGACGCACAACCGAACGCGCGUACUGACGGUUCUACCCAACGGGACAGGUGUAACAUUAAGGAACGUAACAAAGUAUCCAAUCACACUGAACAACCUCUUUCUCCGAGAUCCAGUCGUACUCAAAAGCGGCCACUACGCAACGUUUACAGCGUAUGCAAAGCAGCGCAAACUAUCAGUAGAUGACAAUGGAAGUUUGACCAUAAACGAGAAAAAUGGCACACUAAUUUACAUGAUAAAGUUUGGUGACUAUGAUGCCUACUUCCGUGCGUUGAAAAACGGAACCGAAUGUCAGGAAGGCGACUACAUCGUUUCUACCAACAAACAACAAGCUUUCAAAUCUCGAUCUGUGAAGUGUAGUACCAUCACAGCUAGCAGUGUCAGGACAGUUGAUUACAAAUUUCAUUUGGAGGAUUUGAAGGACUCUGCACUCUUAAGUGAGGAGCUAGAGAGUCUUUGCUGCAAAUAACGACGGCAUGCAGACUCUGAGAGUGAUCUCAACUUGUCUUUUAAUCUCUACAGUUUGUGUUAAUUAGAUUAAUUAAUUAAGGUCUAUCAAUCUUGUUUCCUAUAUUUACAAAUUAUAAAAAUAUUAAGUUUGUAUACUAGAACUAUUUAUAUUAUUUGUUUUCUUAAUUUAAACAGCA